UUUUCAACUGGUUGGUUUGUCCAAAUUUCACUGAUCAACGAUCUAUCAGAUGAUAUUAUUUGCCACAUUCUAUCUUUCCUUCCGUUCAAUGAAGCUACUUCAACAUCUGUCCUCUCAAAGCGAUGGCGUUAUCUGUUUGCCUACAGAACCAAUCUUCAUUUAGAUGAUCAAGAAGUGGGUGGAGGACAAAGUUUCAUCGAUUUUGUGGACGUUUUUUGUCCGUCGACUUCGACACGUGCUUUAUUGUGGUUUAAGACUUUAAAAACAAUGGCUGGAUUUCCAGGUUUUAGUUACCUUGGUCCAAAAAGCAAGAACACUGUUGUAGCGGGAGGAUUAACGGCUUUUGUUUUUGGGGUAUACUUCUACACAAUGAGGGCUGUUGGUGGCACGGACGAACUUCAGGUGGCUAUUGACAAGUUCGAAGGCCAAAAACCAGUUGAGACUGACACCAAGGACAACCAAUGCCCAUGGUCUAAGAAACUUACUUAUCUCUGUACUGAGCGUUCGAAGUAUUGGGACAUGACUUUAGAUACACCGAGUCUUGCCUACUUAGAAUACUCUGAUAUAGUUUCAAAAGACUAUCCGUUUGUGAAUCUUGACUCCCUUGUCGAAGCUAAGCUUGAUCUUUAUCUCACUAUUGGUUAUAGCAACCCAACAAAUCUGUUUAAGGGGUUACGAAACGUUGAGACCUUGGAGUUAUCUGGUGCUACUACUAGUCUGGUAAAGAAUGAUUUCCGUGAAGUAAUCCCAGUGUUCAGCAAACUGUCUCGUUUAUCUAUUACACAUGAUCCACUCUACUACUGUUGGGAACAUCUGCCAAUACUUCUUGAAAAAUCUCCGAAUCUACAGACCCUCGUCCUCAAGGGUCCAUAUUACGCCCGUGAAUAUGAACAAGAAUUUGGACAUUCAUGUCCUGUGAAAGUAUUGAAGAUAACUGAGUAUAGAGGAAUGACUGGAGAGCUAGAGAAUAUGAAACAUUUGCUAAAGAAACUAUCAUGUCUUGAGCUUGUGAAAGUUCGUGCUUAUGCAAUAAACGACGACGAAAAGUCCCGAAUCACCAAAGAUCUGCUAAUGGUUCCUAGACCGUCCAGUUGCAAGAUCCAGAUCAAGUUUGUUACCUCCUAG